UCGAACCCACGCCUCCAGGGGAGACUGCGACCUGAACGCCAGCAGCCGGCAGCGUGGCCGUCCAACAUUUCGCAAUGUUGGAGGAUGACGGCCAAUCAAAUCCGCGGCUCCAACAUUCCCCCACCAAUCGUCUUCGCCCAGCUCCAACAUUUGACCAAUCACGACGGAGAAAUGUUGGACGGAGCCGAGCGAAAUCCGAGCGAAGCCGAGGGAAGCCGAGAAGAUUUGCGGUAACGGCCGUCGUUUUUGAAACGGAGUUUGAGGCGACUAACGAGAAAAGUUGGACAGCAAGUGAAAUGGCAACAUCUUCCAAGUCCCACAAGGCGAUGGCGGACUCAGAGUGGAUGUCCCGCCUGAGGAAGUUUGCCAGCAGUGGCGUCUGGCCUGCAGGUGAGGGAAACAGGCCAGCUCCCAGGCAGAAGAAAUGGUUUGCCCUCUAUCAGAUGAUCGAGAGAUGUCCAAUGCAGAGACCAGGACAGAGGUCUUUGUUUGGGCAAGAGAGGCAGUGUGUGUGUCAUUUUCACACGCAGAGGGGCUCUGUGGGGCCACAGAGUGCAGCAGUAGCAGGUUCCGUCCAGGGCUCUGUGGGGCCACAGAGUGCAGCAGCAGCAGCAGCAGGUUCCGUCCCGGGCUCUGUAGGCCCACAGAGUGCAGCAGCAGCAGGUUCCGUCCCGGGCUCUGUAGGCCCACAGAGUGCAGCAGCAGCAGGUUCCGUCCCGGGCUCUGUAGGCCCACAGAGUGCAGCAGCAGCAGGUUCCGUCCCGGGCUCUGUAGGCCCACAGAGUGCAGCAGCAGCAGGUUCCGUCCCGGGCUCUGUAGGCCCACAGAGUGCAGCAGCAGCAGCAGCAGCAGGUUCCGUCCCGGGCUCUGUAGGCCCACAGAGUGCAGCAGCAGGCCAGCAGAGUGCAGCCGUGGGACAAGUGACAGCCGGCCAUAAACAGAGAUUGUUAAAUUUGUCAAUGUUUACCAAGCCGAGAUUUGGUGGCGCUCAUGUUGCUGCUGCAAAGCCAAAUCUGAGCAGAGCCAGAAAAGCAACAGAGACCCAAGUCGUCAGCCCCACUAAAUCAUGCACCAGCUCCCCAGCCAGCAUUGCUGUCUCAUCUCCAGACAUUGUGACAGAUGCUCCAGGUCCAGUGCCUGUCCUCAGCACCACAGCAGUGUGUGCCACCGUCACAGCUGCGCAACCCAGGACAGAGACAUCACUUCAGCUGCCCCGUUUGUGGUCAGAGGGUUUGCCACCUGCAGACCACAAAUGGAUUGAAAAAUAUGUUUUGAAGAUGGGGCCCAGGGGAAAACUAGAGCUUCAAGACAACUUGAAGCUCUGGUACUAUCCACCACAGCCAAGUCCCCUCUACCACCAGGCUCCUGCUCCAGACCGGUUUUUCGCCCACCCACUUCUUGUUUGGAUGCCCUACAAACUGUGGAAGGUGAGGGUGGUCUGUCCCAACCCUGCCUGUGGACGCCACCAACUCACAGGAGCAGGACUGCACAAGAGGGCACGUCGGGUUCUGGAUGUGGACAGGAUCUACAACAUGGUGACAGAGACUCUAACCUGCACCAAGUGUAGAGCCAACCACGUGUCUUGGAGUCAGACUGUCCUGAAACAACUGGACUUGGCACACAGGUCGGAAUUUCGGGUCAUCCUAACACAAAAGUUUGCUUGUGAUAUCCGGGUGAUCCGACUUCUGCGGGAGAGAGGCCUGGGGAACAGCCCUACACGGGUUUUGAAGCAGCUCAGGGAGAACCACACAGAGGAAUGGCUUCACCGUGUGGCACGGUACACCACAGAGUGUGUGGACUUCCUCCAGCGGCCCGGACUGUUGCCCAUGGCGUUCCCUGAGCCUCCAGAGCCUGCUGUGGUGCCGAGCUGUAAGUGGCUCCUCUCCGUUUACAGCCAGGAUAUUCUGACGAGGCUGGAGGACAUCAAGGCCAGAAUCACUUCCAUCUAUGGCAACAUAUUAAAGAUGGAUUCCACUAAGAAGAUCACCAAGAAGCUUGCCGGGACUGCCAAGGGCACAGCACUCUGGCUCACCUCAGUGGGAAAUGAGUAUGGUCAGAUACUGAUGAGUGUGCUGACUGCUCAGGAGGGAACUGGCCUGGACAUGAUGGCGGCGGAUCUGGUCAAGCGGUACCAGCAGGCAGGUGUGGACCCCCCUGUCAUCCUGUAUGUGGACUGUGGCUGCUGUGCUGAGGCGGUGGAGACCAAGUUGAAGGUCAGAUUCAGUGGGUGGCCAGACCUGACAGUAAGGCUGGAUAUCUGGCACUUCAUGCGCCGACUUGCACUGGGAUGCACAACAGAUGCUCAUCAGCUGUACCCAGUUUUCAUGUCGCGCCUAUCAUCAUGCUUGUUUGAGUGGGAUGCAGCUGAUUUAGCUCUGUUGCGUGAAGCAAAAAAACAGCAGCUUCAGUCUCAGGGCCGGCCUUGUCUCACCGAUGGGGACAUCAGCAGACACCUGUCCAGGGAGGAGCUGGCUCUCCACUGCCGGAGGAGGACCCGUGGUGAGGAGACCACCACUAAGCUGCUGGAGGAGCUGCUGCAGGGGCUGAUGGGUGAUAGCGGGAACGACUCCCUUGGAGUUCCGCUGUUUGACAGGGAGAGGAUGCAGCACAUCUGGCAUGUCCAGAAAAAGCACAUCAAGUGCAUCCAGGAUCUGCCAGGUGUUGCUUUGUACACCAAAACAGGGGAACUCACAAAGGGAGGUUUGCGGCUACCGACGUACAGAUGUGCCAGAGGCUCGACAUCUUUGGAGUCCUUUCAUCUCCAUCUGAACCGCUUCAUACCAGGGACCAGUGCCAACAGCCUGAAUUUUCAGGCAUACCUGCUGGAGGGACUCCAUAGGUGGAACCAGGACCGCGGUAGUGCUGCGCUAUCUACUACACCAUCACCUUUACGCAGCUACUCGGGUGACCUGCUUCACUGCGUAAACAAAAACUUCGAGACGCUGUUUGGCAAGAAGGUGGCACCAGAGUUCUGUCCACCCUCACGUUACACUGGAGAGCUCAUAGGGCUUCAGUAUCUGUUCCGGCAGACUGGUCAGGCACUGCAGGACAUGCACCCUGACUCAGAGGAGACUGCUGAGUUGAUUGAACAGCACGAGGAUGAUGUGGAAACAGAUGAGGGCUUCGCUGACAUCCCAGACGACCCCACAGUGGCGGACCUGGAGGUCCCUGCAGCGUCUCUCACUCCUGCUCCCUCAUCCAGUCUGGUGUCCACCGUCUCCACCCUGGUGAUCACCACAUCUGGCAUGGCUCCUGGCACAUCCACCCUGAGCGUGGGCACAUCCUCAGCGGUUUUCGGCUCAUCCACCAUAGAUACUGCCCUGCCUCCUGGAACAUCAGUCCUGGCUAUUCGCACAUCUUCCAUGGCCUCUGGUGCAUCCAUCAUGCCCUCUACUUCAUCUGCUGAGGCUGGAGUGGAUAUGCAGGCUGAAGAUGAAGAUAUGGCUGUUGAUGACCAAAAUAUUCCUGGAUACCAGCACGUGGACAGACUGGCUGAGUAUCUGGUGAAGCUGCGGGAGCAGACGUCUCUCUAUCUCACCAACCAGCAGACCAGUGCCAUUAUAGCGCUGUGGGAGAAGCUGGACGAAGGUGACAAGCAGCGGGUGAUUUAUGCAGCACGACACCAGGGGAGACUUUUGAGUGGACGGUUCAGGACACCGAAGAAGCCCUCACAAACUCCUGGUGUGGAGAGCACCACCCGUUGCAUGUUAGGUGCAAGUAGUGCUCCUGCUCAGUGGCCAAACUGUUGUCGGUUGGUGGAGAACAUUUUUAUUAGACUCUGUGAUCUCCACCAAGGCCCAGUGAGGAAAGGCAAGGGGGCUGACUCAAGGUGGUCCUUAAUUCUGAGAGACUACCACAAAAUCAGGCAGCUUGUUGUUGGCAACUCUCUGGUGAUGCAGGGAUCAGAGAUUCAGCUGGUGGAGGUGAAUCAGAACACCCUCAUCCAGUGGCACAACAGCAGGCAGAAGAGGCAGGAGCUCUCUGUGCUGCUUCAGGGUACUGUGUUGCCUCCAGCCCUUCCUGAGUCUGAGGAGCCUCUUCAGGAAGCGAGAGCUCUCCCUGCUGAGCCCAGGUCAGCUCGACACGAGCACCAGUACCACCUGCCGGAGAGCACAGCGGGUCAGGCACAACAGAGGCCGACAGCCUCUAGUCACCCCAUCAUGCCAAAGGCACCAGUGAAGAGGCUUGUGCUUGUCAUGCCCCCAGCACCUCAGAUCGCCACGGCAACAGGACAAAUUCUUCCUCAUUUUGUCACAGUGGCCCUUCCUGCACCGGUUCAGGGCACCAACCCUCAAAUAACUGAGCCCAACACCACAGCGGAGUCUGGACCUCCACCAAAGAGGCCCUACAGGAGAACAGUGGAGGCAAACACCUGUAAAAGGUGUGGCCAGUUCCGCACUGCUGAGACUGGACACAGCCAGUACCGUGGCAGAGUGUAUUGCCCUGCGUUUGAUACACUCACCAAACAGCAGUGGUUGGAGGAAAUGAGGAAGAAAUUCUCAAAAUAACUUGUAAUAUAUUGUAAAUAAUUAAUCCUUGUAAAUAAUAGUUAAAUUGUAAAUAGUUUGAAAUAUUCUUUGUUUAAGUAUUAAUAUAUUAUCCUGUUUACUGUGAAUAGUUGUAUGAUAACUCAAUAUUUCUACAUUUGAUAGAAAAGAAAAGUUAUAUCCAUUGUAAAUAGAUAAUGGUAAUUGACAAUUGUAUUGUAUGUAAAGUUUAGUUUAGUUGUUACUAAGCUAGUUGUUAUUAGUUGUUUAGUUGUAUUGUAAACUUUGGUUUAGUUUGGUUGUUACUUAAAUGUUGUUUAUUGAAGUAUGGCUACUGUGGUGUGAAAAAAUCUAAUUUUCUAUAUUUUGAUUCUGUUGUAAUUAAAUCUUUCCAAAGUUUCUGUUUCUUCUCUCCAUGAACAAACAAAGCUGGUGUACACCAAAUGUACAAGUGGAUGUUUUUAAUGAUGACAACGACAACAUUCAACAACAGUAACAGUUUACAAUUUAAUUAACUUGACAACUCUUGAAAAAACAGCAUGUUAUUUCAUUUCAUUUAUACAGGAAAAGAUUAAAAGUUACAGGCAACAGUUAAGUUGUUACAGUUUUGUUACAGUGUUGUGCAGCACAUCAACAGCAUGUUCAUUUUUCUCUAUGAAAACAGAGAGAAAGAAACAUGCUCAGAAAAGGCUUUUUUUUUUACUGAUAAAUGAUGGAGGUGGUCUCUUGUAAACAUGCGCAGGAAUUUCAGAAUGACAGUCAGCAAUGGAAAGAUCUGCCAUCCAAGUGAUGAGCCUUUGUCAGUGGGCAGUGUCACUAUUUAUAAAAAGAUGCCAAAUGAUCCUCAUUUAAGUGAGGAAGCAUUUAUUAAUUAUUGCCUAAAUAUUUACAACCUAAGGAAGGAAAUGGAGGCCCCGUCAGCGCCCAAGCUAGGGAAUACCCCUAUCGCCGGUGGUUAUGUCCAAAUAAGGCAAUGUGCGUCAAGGAGCGACAGUUCGUCGGUUCGAAUCCAGGCCGCGGUGUGUCAAAAACACUUGAACGCAUCAAAAGUUUCCAAAUUGCGUUCAGGCGGCUAGAAAUGCUUUAUAAAUGUGCAAGAUGGCCAAUGUUUUCCUUCUUUCCUCCUUUUCUCCCUUUUUUCCUCUUUUUCUCCCUUUUUCCUCUUCCCCCUUUCCUCCCCCUUCUUCCCCCUCUUUGACGGACGAGUGUUCCCCAGCUUGAACGCAGCGCCUUAGACCGCUCGGCCAUCCUGACAGUGGUGUAGACUGUCUCUUUGAGAUGGCAUAAAAAGCUAAAUGACAACAAGCUGUCAUUACAACAUUGAUAAAGUCGCAAUAUAGUCUGAGUACACAUGUGAUUGACAUGUGAAUUUAGCUUUGGUGACUAAUAGCAUAACAAGCUCAGAUGUAGUUACUUGCCUCAUGAAUGUGAGAAUUAAAAACCUGACAACGAUGAGCACUCAUUUCAAAUCAUUCACAGAUAUUUCUGUGCACAUAGUUAAAAGGUCCUGUAGGUCUGCAUUUCAGGGAGUUUCUGCUUCGCUGAGGACUGGACCAGAGUCAGAGGGUGUGCAUGUCGUGUAGCCACAUGUGUCGAGCUUCAUGGCCAUGUUGAGGCUGCAGUUCCUCUCAAGACCACUAGAUGCUAACCUCUAAAGAAACUGCAUCAAGUCAAUGGAAGACUGCUGCAGUCUCUCUACUGACGUCAAGUCCACAGACAGGGAGGCAGGUUUGAAUUGUGACAACAUGGUCAUACCUGUAGCACAUUUACUGUGUAAA